AUGUCGCUUUGUAAGACUAGGUUGCAGGAGGAGAGAAAGCAGUGGAGAAAAGACCAUCCGUUUGGAUUCUACGCAAAGCCUAAUAAGGCCCCAGAUGGGUCUCUUGACUUAACUCAGUGGACUGCUGGCAUACCUGGACGACCUGGAACUCUUUGGGCUGAUGCCAGUUUUCCCAUAACCAUCACAUUUCCCGAAGAAUAUCCUUCCAAACCUCCCAAGGUGAAAUUUCCAAGUGGUUUCUAUCAUCCUAACGUUUAUCCCAGUGGAACCGUAUGUCUUUCGAUCUUGAACGAGGAGCAAGAUUGGCGACCUGCCAUCACUCUCAAGCAAAUAGUCAUGGGAGUUCAAGAACUCUUGGACUCUCCCAAUCCCGACUCCCCGGCUCAGGAGCCAGCGUGGAAGGCAUACAGUAAGGAUAGAGUGACUUACGAGAAGAAGGUGCGCGAGCAGGCAAAGAGAUAUGCCACUGGGUAA